AUGGCUCCUAGAGGACCUACAAAGAGUCGCGAUUUCGACUAUUCCAAUGUGGGGAAGGCUGGAAGACGCACUGGUAUCACCCUAAAGGAAGGGAAGCUAGAUGAACAUGGCAUGGAAGAGAUUGACGGGAUGUUCUCCUCGCCGGAGAAAUCGUCCUUUAGAAUUAAUGGCAAUGGCUUUGCAAAUGAUACGUUGAAUUCGGAUGACAUGGAAACCGGCGAUAGUAGCAUCCCAGAACCAGCGGACGUGCUUUCAGGUCGACGUAGUCACCGAAAUCCCUUCGUUUUGCCUCCUCGCUCGCGAUCCCCGAUAAAGACUUUAAUGUCUGGCUCCCCGCGCAGAACCCCGGGGAUUCGUUCGUCCUCCGUUCCGCAGCAGGCACAGUCCUCCAGUCCUCUCUCUGCACGGACCACUGCCAAAAGAACUCUUGAUUUUUCGCAUACUCAAGCAUCAACCAAGUCGCCCCUGGGAACUUCCGUGGAAGUUGACGAGCCUGCCGACUUCUCUGAUAAUGGUAAUCACCUCAUGGAGGACGAUGAGGAAGAGAUGGAGGAGACGCACUUUGUCGAGUCUCACGGGGAUUAUCACGAAAGCUACGAAAAAGCAGACGGAGGUUUACCAGAGGACCAAAGUUCGGAUGAUAGCGAUGACAAUGUGAAUAACGCUCCGGACGAAGAUCUUGAAGAAGAUGUCAAUUCGCCCUCGAUAGUUGCGAAAACCACAGGUCGAGAGAGGAAGCGCAAGAAUGUUUCCGACCACCCAGUCAACGCUAACCCUUCUGGACAGACACAUCGGCAACCUACUGUGGAAUCAAAUACGGCCCCUGAUUCUGCAGAUAAACCUGCACCAAAGCGGCGAGGAAGAAAACCGAAAGUAGCAGCUCCGGAAGUAUACCAUGAUUCUGCUGAGGAGGCAGAAAGUUCUAGAGCACCGAAGAGAGCAAACAAGACUGGGUCAUACGGACGAUCAAAUCUACAGAUGUCGGUUGAACAGGAGGAAGAGCUAAAUUCAGUGGUAAAGAACAUCACCAAGCGAAGCGGGACCUUGAAGAACCGAAGUCUAUAUAUUCUCAAAAGAGAAACACCUUCAGAUCAGUCUGCACAGCAUACCCGCUCUGGUCGGAUAUCUGUCCGACCUCUGGCGUAUUGGCGCAACGAACGAUGCGUAUACGGAGAUGGGACUGCGGAAGUCGGUCAACGCUUUCCCUUGUCAACCAUCAAAGAAAUUAUUAGAACGGAAGAAAUGGACACCAGGAUGGAUAAGAAGGGUAAAAAAUCGACUAGGAAGGGAUCCAAAUCCAAAUCCAAAUCGAAGAGAUCUAGGGACGACCCAUCUGAUGAUGACGAUGAUAUAGACAACGCUGAGCCGUGGGAAACAGAGCAGGGUGUAUUCUACGGCCCAGUUAAGAAGUGGGACCCAGUAACCCAAAGUGCCACACAGGAAGAAGAGAUGAUAGAUAUUGCCUUUGCCCCUUCCGCAAUUGAGACGCACGAAGUAAAGGAUUCGACAUUCCGCUUCGCCAAAAUUCUCAACAACUUCUUCCUUGGGUCUGGGUUUGUUGACAUGCCUCCCGGCGCCGUCAAGAGACAAAAGAACUCUAAGAAAAUGCACAUGGUUUUUUUCGUCUAUCAUGGCCGAAUACGGGUUGACGUGUCAGGCCUUCAAUUCAGCGCCGGAAAGGGAUGCGUUUUUCAAGUUCCUCGAGGAAAUAAUUACAGUUUUUCCAACGAUUAUGACAAGUCUGCGGCCAUUUUCUUUACUCAGGGGUGUGUGCCUGUGGAGAAGGAGGUUCCUGUUGAGAGUGUCGAGCCUUCUGAACCCCCAGAAGUAGCCGCGAAGGUACCACCUGGUAAAAAGAGAGGUAGACCUAAGCAGGCCUGA